AUGUUCAAGAAAGAUGUGCCGAAAAUGAAUGCGACGAUGCAAGCGCUACGGGAGGUAAUCAACUCGCUCCGAAAGCUAUUACCAAGAGAGAUCCGCCUUCGAAGUGUGGCUCAUUGGCAUGAGGUGCGAGCAUCGCCUUCGGAGAUUGCCCUCGAACUUGUUGCUCAAACUGUACAUGCCGAAAACGUACAUGCUGAACCCGGUAUUUAUCCAGAGACACCGGAACAAUUCAAGGUAUUUCUUGGGUCGUUUAAGGAGACGUUACAAGACCUUGGCCUAGGAAGGAGAGUCCUUCCCAUUUGUUCUUAUGUUAUCUUUCCAUCUAAGGUCGCCGAGCCAAAGCGAGGACUGCACUGGGUCACCGUCCGCUCCACGUUCAUGGGGUGGAAUCAUGAGGGCCAACAAGCAUUGCUAAAAAAACGCCGGGAUGGCCUUGCAAAGUCUUUCGCUCACCUACCUGCUAUGCAGAGCGCCAAACAAGACCUCAUCAACAACUUCAAGGCCCAUGACAUUCCGCAAGGUACCAAGUCACCGUACAAAAAGGCUCCUCCAUCUCUUAGUCCUGGUAUCGCUUUCAACAAUAACAUCAAGGCCCGCUUGCCUUGUCAGAUAUGCGGGUACUUCCAUAAUUUCCACAUCUCGCAUAAGGUUGGAAAGACGAAAAGGAUGGACGAGCGCCUUUGGAAGAAGGAAAGGGCGAUCUUCUCGUGCGCCGAGCUGGGUGUCGCUGCAAUUAUGCAUUGCGUUGACGAGUUCGACCGAAGGCGCGAGGGGUCGUAA